AGCGAGCUGGCGGACCAGCUGAAGGGGCUGCUGGAGAUGGAGAGACAGAAGGCGCUGGCGCAGACAAAAAUCGCGUCAGCUCAGGAAGAUGCGGAGGAGAGGAGGAAACAAGUGUCAGAGCUGCAGGAACAGGUGUUGACGUUACAGCAGAAGUUGACGGCCACUGAGCAGCAGCGCAAGAAGCUGCACAACGAGCUGCAGGAGCUCAAGGGCAACAUCCGCGUGUUCGCCCGCAUCAGGCCGGGGGACAACCAACCCAGCGUGCUCGAGGUGGAGGAGGAGGACUCGCGGAUCACGGUGAGGGGAGGGGGAGGAAGUCACGCGUUCAAGGUAGACAAGGUCUUUCCGCCCCUCUCCUCCCAGGAGCAGGUCUUCAGCGAGGUGUCCGCGUUCGUCCAGAGUGCGCUUGACGGCUACAACGUGUCGCUGUUCGCCUACGGUCAGACGGGGGCCGGCAAGACGUUCACCAUGUUCGGCAGGGGCGAACAGGAGGGAAUCAUUCCCCGCUCCCUCGCUCAGAUCCUGCAGGACGCGGAGGAGAAGAGGGGGGAUGGCUGGACUGUCGAGCUGAGCGCGUCCUUCCUCGAGAUCUACCAGGAGAACAUCCGAGACUUGCUCGAGGAGGGCGAAGGCAAGCAGCACAAGAUCGUGCAGGGGCCCCGCGGGAGGAUGGAGGUGACGGAGCUGAGGGAGGUGGCGGUGAGCUCGCGAGAAGACCUGGAUAGGAUCAUCAGGACGGCGGAGGAGCACAAGACCAUGGCGAGGACGGAGAUGAACGAGCGGUCAUCCCGCAGCCACACAGUCUUCAUCCUCCGCAUCUCGAGCUCCAACGCCUCCAGCAAGCAGCUCCUGCACGGCACCCUCAACCUCAUCGACCUCGCGGGCUCCGAGCGGCUGGACAGGACGCAGGCAGCUGGGGUGCAGCUGAAGGAGGCGCAGGCGAUCAACAAGUCGCUCUCUGCUCUCUCCGACGUCUUCCUUGCCCUGUCCAAGAAGCUUGCGCACGUGCCCUACCGGAACUCGAAGCUCACGUUCCUCCUCCAGCCCUGCCUGUCCGGAGACGGCAAGGCCCUCGUCGUCACCAACGUCUCCCCCGACCCGAGCUCCUGGCACGAGACCGUGUGCACCCUCCGCUUCGCCAGCAUCGUCAGCUCCUGCGAGCUCGGGAAGGCAACGAGACACGUCAGCAAGAUGCAGGCGGACAAUGCUGGGGACGCGAGCGGGAAAGAAGAAGACAUGCAGACCCCGAGGAAGAAAUCCAACGAUGUCAUGAGGACCAGCUCUUCCAGCAUCACUACUCCCCAGCAGGACCGAGAUGUUCGACCGUCCUCGGCCAGCCGCCCUCCUUCUUCCGCCUCCCGUCUUCGAACUCCGUCAGCUUCUCGUCUCCGCCCUCCCAGCGCUUCGACCCCACAGAGACGAUGAAGGGAAGGCGAGGAGCGACGCCGAGAGUUGUGAGAUAUCUUGUGAUGUUUGAAGUUUUGAUGUUCACUGUGUUACAAAACUUUUUCUAAACA